GUUUUAACAGCUUCAUCCCGCCCUGGCCGUUUCUCAUUCUGCUCUCCGGGAGGCCUCGACAACAACAUCGACGCCUGUGCAGCGACAUCACCACCGUUGAUUUCCAACCCGCCAGCUCGUGCGCCAAAAUUCUCGGUCCCGUUCACGUGGGAUUGAGACUUUUGGCUAGGCUUGACGGACUUGCACGCGACCAGGGCACCUCAGCCACGCUGCAGCGCAAGACACUCCAGCGGAGCCGUCAUAUUUACAGAGAGAGCCACGUCUGCUUCCGCCCUCUGUCCGCCCGCAGCGAAGCAUACCACACACGAGCUGUUCCGCAGACCAUGGUGGUCGCCGUGGCGAAGACUCCGGUCGAGAAGGCCGAAGAACUCGCACGGGUGCGCAGCAAUCAGAGGAGGAGUCGAGCUCGGCGCAAGGAAUACGUCCAGGAACUGGAGGAGCGAGUCCGCUGUUGCGAAAGACGAGGCGUACAAGCCACGGCCGAAGUCCAAGCUGCAGCGAAAAAGAUUGCCGCCGAGAAUGCGUAUUUGCGCCAGCUUCUGCAAAAGAAUGGCAUCUGGGAUCCAGUUUUGACGAAGCCGGGAUUCGUGGAAUUGCUGCCUGUUGACACACAGCAUCGCGAGCGGAUGAACCCAGCAGUAGCUGUUCCCAAGAUGACUGGCCACCUUCAGACCAUGAGCCCUCAGCCUUCACCUGUCGCAGAUCCUGGCCUGGUGGGCAACUACGAAGGGAUCAUGUCUACGCCUCCCGCGUCUCUUCCAGAUGACACGUGCGGAUCGCAGCAGACGGAUUUCGGAACCAGAGCAAUGGAAAAUUGGUCCAUGGCGCCAGAUGCACCGGCUAUCGAGGCUACAGAUUUCCAGCUUCCGCUCCCUUCACAGCAAACGUAUAACGAUGCCGGAGUGGCUACCACCGUCACAAACAUGCCCGCCACCUCAGUCGCCAGCUUCGAUGCAGCGUACGGAGCGCCGACGUAUGGCGACCCCACCUUCGCAGGCAUGCUAGCAACUGCAUAUCAAAGCGAUUCGCCGGCCACCAUCUGGCCGACCGGGACCACCGGUGCCCACGAAGCAACAGGCAUCCGCGCCAUGAACCGCUUGAUGCCGCAAGGAAAUGGCUCCUCGGCACCGACAACAACCGCGGAAGCAGCAGCGGCCACGAUGCCAUUGCCACCAUUCAUUUCAUCAGUCAAUCAAAUGUUUGCAGCAAUGCAUCAUCACAAUCGGACGGAUCACGAUCCGCCACCUCUCAGCAUCAGUCAUGUCCAAUGACAAUGGUGCAAGCGCCAAAAUGUCCUUGGCGUGGAGCAAGAUCAUAGGGCGGCUGUCGUUUCUCUUUUCUGCAUCGUCUUUGCGGUGAUGUGGAGGGGACGAGAGCAGGGCGAGGCUCCCACCAUUAGCGUGGAGCAAGAUAGUAGGGCGCCUGUUGUGCAGCGUCUGCUUUGGAUCCGGGUUGUUUCGGUGACCUGGGCUGGAGUAGAGGCUGAACAAGAGGAGGGCGAGGCUACCACAUUUGAUAGCAACAACUACACAAAUAACAUCAUGGACUGUCAUGGUCGUGAUGAGUACAUACUCAUGGGAAUACAUCAGAUUUUUAUAUUCAGCACUUUACUUGACAUCUUCCAG